GGAGGCGCAUCCAUCCGGGCCGGGGCGGCGGGAGAGCUCUCGGUCCGACAGCGGGAGAGAGAGAGAAAAAUAAAAAUUAUCAAAAGAAGGAAUUGAAACGUUAAAACGCCAGAAGAGGAGAAUUUUAAAAAAAAAACACAGUCGAAAGGCCUGGUCGGGUCCGUGAGAUUUUAAUCAUCAAUAAGCCCCUGCGCCGGCGAGGGAUUUCGGCGACCGCAGCCUUUUUAUUUUGAGGAAGAAACCGCAUCCAUGAGGGGCCGGAAUAGCGUCAAAGGUUCCCCACAGUCUCCUGUGUUUGAGGGAAUCUAUAACAAUACCAGGAUGCUCCACUUUCUGACUGCCGUCGUGGGCUCCACGUGCGAUGUGCGUGUGAGAAAUGGGACUGUGUAUGAAGGAAUCUUUAAAACCUUAAGCUCCAAGUUUGAGCUGGCCGUGGACACAGUUCACCGGAAGACGAUGGAGACCGUGGCUGGCCCCAAGAGCGAGGACAUCAUUGACACCAUGAUCUUCAAACCUGCCGACGUAGUGGUGGUGCAAUUCAGGGACGUGGACCUCAACUACGCAACGAGGGAUAAGACCUCCGACACGGUGGUGAGCUCGAAGGUGAACGGGGAGCACCGGGAGAAGGUACUGCAACGUUGGGAAGGCGGUGACAGCAACAGUGACGAUUUCGAUCUGGAGUCUGAUGUGUCAAAUGGCUGGGACGCGAAUGAGAUGUUUCGUUUCAACGAGGAGACGUAUGGGGUCAAGACGACGUACGACAGCAGCCUCUCUUCUUACACGACCCCACUGGAGAAGGAUAAUUCGGUUGAGUUCCGUCAGCGAGAAGCUCGUGCAGCCCAGUUAGCGAAGGAGAUUGAAGCCAGCCCCCAGUACCGCGUGCGGAUAUCCAUGGAGAACGAUGAAGGCAGGACUGACGAGGAGAAGUUCAGCGCGGUCCAGAGACCUCCCUCCGACCGGGAUAGCCCCGGAUUCGGCUCCAGGGACAGUAAACACAUCCCCCUUCCCCAGCGUAGCCGGGAGGGGCCCAUGCGUGGUGGAGGUGGAGGAGGUUUGAGGUCAAACGUCCCAAGGGGGGGCCGAGUACCCUCUGGUUCCCUCCCUCCCCGUGGGGGGCUGCACCACCUAGACUCCAGUUCCAGCCCGUCUGCAGAACAGCGGGUCAUCAAUGGAG